AUGAACACUUUUUUCACUGAAGCAUCGUUAUAUCAAUCCUCACAACGGGACUUAGCUGUCGAUACCACUAGAUCUGAAUUCGUUGAACAAUGUCAAUACCAAAAACUUAACGUUCUCUACGAACGUAAUUGGACGAUGUUGGUGCAUGAGCAACUGCGGCGCUUUGAGGGCACAAUUGUUGCUGCCACACGACACAGUGGCAACGCUGUCGGUUCGAGUGGUUUCGGCGCAGGUGUCAGAACUACUGCGCUGGGGCAUUUUGGUGGCAGUUUGGAUGCAAUGGAACAAACACGUUGGUCCUUCAGUGAAGCGCUGCUUUAUUCAGUGACCGUAAUAACCACAAUUGGUCACGGCAGUCUUACACCGAAAACGGCUGCUGGCAAAAUAGCCACAAUCUUGUAUGCUUUACUUGGAGUUCCACUGAUGCUGAUGUGUCUAUCAAGCUUAGGCGCCUUGCUCGCCGAGGCGUUGCAAUGCACGUACGCAAGGAUAUGUUGUCGCCUAGCACGACAUAGCAUCAUUAGCGGUAAGCACAGCAAUGACAGCGACUGCGACGGCAAUGAAGCCAGUGGUAAACGCCAAAAACGCUGCAACGCCACAAAUCUCAAUGAGCGCGUUUGCGGUGGCGUUAAUGUGAAACAGCAUGAACACGACAGAAACGGAUGCCAUGAACAGAAGCAUGCGUUGGAUUGUAAGACUUGCAAAUAUGAUGCAAUUAUAAGUGACCCAAAUAUACGAAAAAAUUUUGAAUACAACUGCUUGGAGGGCAAUACAAGUGACAGGGGUGAAGAUUCCUGUCAGCUCCUGCAAAACUCUCCAGCAAAAAUUAAUCACAAUACUUUGUGUAUGCAAACGAAAGCACCAGUAGAAGCAACAAUAGCAGCGCAUAAUGGAUAUUAUUAUCAACGAACAAUGCCACAUUUAUACCAACAACAACAACAACAGCAACAACCUGAUGUCAUGCUAAUGACUACAGCAACAACCGCUGCAGCGGGAACAUCGACAGCAACGGCAACACAAAAGUAUGCAUAUCAACAACAUUACAGUCGUUCAGCAACACCAUCACCACAACAUUUUCAGCAUCCAUUGCAAACAAUACACAUUGUUUCUUCAGCAUCGGCAAAUUCAUCACCAACACAUCAAAUGUUACGUCAAUAUGCCACACUACAACCACAACAACGCCAACAUCAACAACAACACUACCAACAACAGCAACAGCAGCAUUUUGUAGCAGUGCCAAGUAGCAUGGUACGUUUUCAGACAUCUCCAAAUCCCUGCAACGUGAUAUCUAACAAUAGUGGCGGUGUUGCUAGUUGUAGCAACAUGCCACCAAAUUGUUACACACCUGCUGCUGUUGCUGUGACUGGAGCGGCAACAAUUUAUUUUCCAAUAGCAACAACACCAGCGGUCACUCUAGCUGCAGCAACAUCCUUAUCAUCCUCAUCAGAAGCAACAGCAACAGCAACUACAACUACAACAUCUUCAACAACACAACAGAUUUCAUGCAGUCAACCGCUCGUAAAAUAUCACACAAUUCAAUUGCAGCAACAUAAAAAACCUUAUAUGACUGACGUCGACAAUGCAGGUCAGCAAGUUGCGUUAACGACAGCAACAUUACCGCCCCCACCCGCUUAUCAAACAGCUACAGUGCAUGGCGUGCGACGCGCCAAAUUUCUAACGAAACCUUUGCCACAAGAAAUAAGUACGUUACUAGCGGAAAGCGACGUUACCUACAGAGCAGAUGGUUCACAAAAUACCCUCAAUACAGAGCUUUCGUCUACUGCAACAAUGGGAGCUACAAAAACUAAUGCAGAUACUACCAACACUUUAAGUAGUGUUGGCACUUUUGAUGGCUCGAACACCACUGUAGAUAUAAUGGAGGAUGAAGAGGAGAGUGAACAACAACGCCUUGGAAACUGUCCACACGGUACACCAUCACGGGUACCACUCAUCUCACCUCCAACGGGAAAAACUGCUGGCAACGUCAAUACGAAUGAGUACGUCAAUCUGAAAGACAUGGAUAAAUCCACACGUGGACUAAUUAAUGCUACAGCUGCUUCUUUUCAUCGUCAUACACUCCACACCUUCCAACGCAGCGGUCAACGUAAGUCAACAUUAGUUAAUCGUGCUCGCGGGUGUAAUAUGCAUGCAAAAGGCAGCACAGCAACGAUUUUGACCCAUGGCAGCUGCUAUGGUGAUACCACUGAAACCUCCGAUGAUGAUGAGUACAUGCAGCGUGGCAGUGAGGAGUUUGUGCUCGAUCGCAUUGACACAGAUGGCGAUGAGGACGACGAAGCGGACUCUACUCACCAGCGAGACGACUACGAGCAAAGCGCACAAGUUCCCAUCAGUAUCGUAUUGCUAAUACUUAUCUGCUAUAUUUCCUUGGGUACUGUCAUUUUCGCAUUCUGGGAAAAUUGGUCGCUUGUUGAUGGUGCAUACUUUUGUUUUGUUACACUGACUACAAUUGGCUAUGGUGACUUCUUGCCAGAACGCACCUUUCAAGGUCCUGAAGUGCAAUUGUUUGCUUGUUGUGCGUAUCUACUACUAGGACUCGUCUUAGUGGCAAUGUCUUUCAGUAUUUUGGAAACACAACUGAUGUGGAAAUGUAAACGUAUCGCUGUAAGACUGAAGCUGGCCAAAGAUUGAUGGUGCCCAUGUAGAAUGAAUGCUAGUAUUGAUAUGGCACAGUUUUUGUAAAAUAAUUUGAAUAUAUUUGUGACAGUGUAUAUAUUAUAAGUUCACUUAAUAAUAGGCGUAAUUUUGGAUAGUUGACGUAGGUAAAUGAAGUAUAUGAAAUAGAUUAAGGAAAUUAAUUUUACAAAGCAUUUAAAUAUGCUAAUCCACAAAUCAUGUGGUUGGGUCAAUACUUUUUCUUUAUGUACGAGUAAUGGUAUAAAAAAAUCAUGUCAAAUAUAAUCACCACUAAAAGCCAUUUUGAAUUAUUAAAUCCGGAUUGUAUAUGUUAAAUAUCAGUGAUGCUCAAUAUCUUUCUAUUUGGUUAGUUUUAGGCUGACUCUUUAUUUCGACAAGUUAUUUAAAGCUAUAACUUAAGAACUUUAAGUGUAGGUUCCAUUUCGAUAUAAACAUGAUAUUCUCAAUCUUCGAGUAUUUGUGAUAAAGACUACACACAUCUUAUUUGAUCAAAUUAAGAUCAAUUUUGUUUGAAUCAAACUAAAUAAUCUUUUCUGAUCCUUACACAAUGUUUUAUAAGAUAUGUCUCUUCCAAUAAAUUUUAAAAAUAAAAUAUAAAAAAAAAAACAAGUUCACCUAAAA